AUGGUGCAAAAAUAUCAAUCACCCGUGCGUGUUUAUCGUUAUCCAUUUGAACUCAUCAUGGCAGCGUAUGAAAAACGCUUUCCAACGUGCCCGAUGAUACCAGUUUUCCUUGGUUCUGAUAUAACUUCUGAAUAUCACAGUGAAGAUGGAGCAGUGGAUAUCGUGGAGCGACGUUGUCGACUGAAUAUCGAUGCACCGUAUCUACUCAAACGGAUUGUCAAUGUCGAACAUGUAAUAUUUCUGCAAAAAAAUCAUCUCGAUCGCCGGCAACGCACCUUACGCAUCGAUGCAUGCAAUGAGAGUUUCUCGUCGCGUUUGGAUAUCAAAGAAUUUUGUCAAUAUUAUGUUCAUCCUGAUAAUGAUUUAUGGACAUGUUUCGAGCAGAGUGCUUUUCUUGACAUCAAGUCGUUCUUUGGCUUCGAAUCGACUGUGGAAAAACUAGCGAUGAAACAAUAUUCAGCUAAUCUUUCGAAAGGAAAAGAAAUUAUCGAAUAUUAUAUCAAUGAAUUAGCGAAUGAAGGAAUAACAAGUGUACCGAUUUGGGUCGAACCAGCUUCAGCAUUGUUGAAAAGCCCUGAUUCAGAAUCAGCAACAACACCGGCAGCAGCAGCAGCAACUGGAGCAACAAUAUCCGUUAGCGAUGAUCCGUCAUUGAUUGCUGCACGUCGAAGAUUGUCGUCGCAAGACACAUCAAAUAUUUUUAUCCCGUCAUCACCGCCCAAAGCGUCUGGAGUGACUCCAACUGCAGCAGCGAAUUUUUCGGCUUUAUCAGAUGACCUUGAAACACUUCAAGCUGAUGAAAGUUCUCAAGAAAAACGACGAAACAUCGACGAUGAAUAUAUACGUCGUUAUAUUGGACAACUAGAUCCAUUUGAAGAGAGUUGUCUUGUACAACUUCGUAAAUGGGUCGCCGAAACGCAUAAAGGAAAAUUGCCUAAUAAUUCACAUUUACUUCGAUUUCUUCGUGCUCGACGUUUCGAUAUCGAAAAAGCAAGAGAAAGUAUUUGCCAUUCCUUAGCAUGCACGGAUUCUCGUUCGGCAAUAACAACCUCAUUGAAUAAUUCUUCGCGUAAGAAAAAUUGUAUCGAUCGUUUAUUGAUCGAUUAUGACACGCCAGAAAUGAUUCAACGCUUUUUUCCCGGUGCUUGGGGCGGAAAUGAUCGUGAUGGUCGACCGAUAUACAUUGUUCGAAUCGGAGAGAUUGAUGUUCGCGGAUUGAUGAAGGCUGUACAUGGUGAUGAUACAUGGAUAAGACAUGUUGUGUUUCUGGUCGAGCAAGGUUUGAAAAAAUGUGAAGAAAAUACGAAACUGUUCGGUAAACCGAUAAAUACGGUUUGUGUGAUUCUUGACUUUGAAAACUUCAGUGUUAAGCAUCUCUAUCGACCGGUCUUUCGGGUUAUUUCACAAAUAAGCGAUACGGUCGAAGCCAAUUAUCCGGAAACGCUUGGAAGAAUGUUUCUAACCCGUUGUCCACGUCUCAUCCCAGUCCUAUGGACAAUCAUCAAUACGUUCGUUGAAGAGCGUACGCGUGAAAAAUUUGCUAUAUUAAAAACUGAUGAGUUAAUCGAAUACAUCGAUGAAAUCAACAUUCCGGACUUCCUCGGCGGUCAAAUGCCUUUUCAAGCUUCAUCGGGUGGUAUAGUGCCACGUUCUUGUUACACUCGUGAAGAUGAGCCUGAUAAAUUCGAUGCAGAAAGUUCAUUAUUUGGCGACAAUUCGUAUACAGUUGUUUCGAUAAAAGAAGGCGGUGCACAUGAGGUCGCUAUUCCAUCCAUGCAGAAAGGCGAUCGACUUUGGUACGAUUUUGAUUUGUUAAAAUCUGAAUGUACUUUUACGAUUUAUCGAAUUGGAAAACUGAAAUCGUCGGAGCACGAAGAAAACGAUGAUCAUAUACACUCAUCAUCGUCUGCUCAAAAAUCAAGUUCAACGAUACCAGCAAGUACAAUCUACGAGAAACCACUAGUUGAGUCGACGGCUGAUGAUAUUGUCCGUUUGACUCAACCAAUCGUUUAUCAUGAUGGUGAUUCAGUGCAACAGACUUAUAUCUGUCAACAAUCAGGAAACUACGUUUUGCAAUGGCGUCAUUCGACAAGUCAUCAUACGAGCAGUCCAUUUGAUUUUAUUAGCGGUAGUCACAAAACGAAAAUUAUGUAUCAUUAUGAACGACAAUCCUCUACUUCAUUGACAAGCGAUGUAACUUCAAACGGUUACAUUAAUAAUGAACAGCAAAAAGAGCUAUCGCCAAGACAGAUCACAUUCAUAAUGUUAAAAUUUUCUAUAUUUAUCUUUUGUUUCUUCUUGUAUCACAUUGUUGCUGAGGAUGGCCAUUGCAUUUGGUAUGACCAAUGUGGAAGAAAUUCUAAAGGCAAGCUUACAAACUGUGAAUACAAUGGUACUGCAAAAUUAUUGACAGAUGAAAUCGCUUUACAAACAUUAGAAACAGCUUGCGGAAUGGUCUAUAAUGAAAUGUAUCGUCUACUUUAUUUAGGACAAAAUGAUACCUACACUUGUUGUUCAUCGGAACAAAUAGCGACGAUGGCGGAUCAAUUUGGUAUGGCAAAACUGAUGUUAGGUCGCUGUCCAUCUUGUUACUACAAUUUUCGUUCGUUGUUCUGUGCUAUGACGUGUGCUGCUAAUCAGAGUAAUUAUCUGAGUGUUGUUGAAACGGGUACCAGUGAAAAAUAUCCGGGACGUAUUACUGUUGAAUCGAUUAAUUAUACAGUUGCUGACGAUUUUGCUCAACGUAUUCUUGAUUCGUGUCGAGAUGUCUUAUAUCCCGGCGGAAAUCAACACUCACUCGAUACCAUGUGCGGUCGUCCGUACGAUAAAUGUACAAAAGAAUCGUUUAUGCAAUAUUUAGGCGUUGACAAUCCUGCUGUACCAUUUCCUAUUUAUAUUCUAUUUCAAAAUGAUACAACAAAAAGUGAAACCUAUUUUAACCAGACAACGUUUCUGUGUAAUGAACCGCUAAUAACACAGUAUGAAAAUAAAACUGCCUGUGGUUGUCUAGACUGUUUGAAAUCGUGCCGACCGUUACCACCGGAUGUACCCGAGAAAAAGUUUCUUAUAUUUAAUAUGGAUGGCUGGGUUGUCAUUGCUGUAAUAUGUACUGUAUUUCUUUUAAUUGUAUUUCAUGGAACCAUGGUUAUUUUGCCUACAUUUCGAAAGCGUCCAACAAUUAUCAUCGAACAACCAACAGAAGAAACUUCCCUGUUACGUGUAACUGUUCGUACGAAAAAAACAGGUUGUCUUAUUAGUAUUCGUCGUCGUACAGAACAAUAUCUGGAACGAAUAUUCUUUCGACUUGGCCUUUUCUGUGCUCAACAUCCGUUCAUUGUUUUGCUCACCGGUACUAUUGUCAUCGCUGGUCUUUCCAGCGGUUUAAUCAAAUUUCAAGUGACCACCGAUCCCGUUCAAUUAUGGUCAGCUAAAUCGAGUAUUGCUCGUCAACAAAAAGAUUAUUUCGAUAAACACUUCAAACCUUUCUACCGAACAACACAAUUGAUCAUUGUACCAGAUGAUCAAACGUUUGAAACAUUCGAUUAUCUCUCCCCACCUGCGCCUUACGCUGAAUACACAUUUGGUCCUGUAUUCAAACUGGAUUUUCUUUCACGUGUACUUGAUCUUCAAACGAAAGUGCUAUCAUUAACAGCUGAUGUCCAUGAGAAAAACCGAACGGUUCACUUGUCGGACAUUUGCUUCAAGCCUCUGGAGCCUGACAAUGAGAAUUGCACAGUUUUCUCGAUCUUACAAUAUUUUCAGAAUUCGCGUGAAAAUCUCUAUAAGCGUAUUGGCGAUGAUUUUUUUACAUGGUUUGACUAUACAACUCAUUUUAUCAGUUGUUCACAAGCACCAACAACAACAAAUGAUUCGCUGGGUCUUUCGUGUUUCGGAGAUUUUGGUGGAACAAUAAAUCCGUUUAUGGUUCUGGGUAAUUAUUCCGAUGCAGCUUAUGCCAAUGCAACAGCAUUAGUAAUUACUCUUGUUAUUGAGAAUUCUAAUGAUCCGGAAAAAGUUCAAUUAGCCGAAGCUUGGGAAAAGGUUUUCCUUAGUUUUAUGAAGAACUUCACAGAAGAACAAAAAUCUCUACGUGCUGCUGGAGAAUGGAACAAAACAGCAAAUUUCACUGUGUAUUACAGUGCUGAACGUUCAAUCGAAGAUGAAUUAAAUCGACAAAGUCAAUCAGAUAUUUUAACCAUUGGUAUCUCUUAUACAAUCAUGUUUCUCUAUGUUACCUUAACACUCGGUCAUAUUCGAUCAUGGCGUACUUGCUUAAUCGAUUUGAAAAUCUCCGUUGGAUUCAUCGGUGUUCUUUUUGUUCUGUUAUCUGUAAUGAGUUCGAUUGGAUUUUUCUCCUAUUGUGGUAUUGCUGGUACAUUAAUUAUCUUCGAAGUUAUACCAUUUCUGGUCUUGGCUGUUGGUGUAGAUAAUAUUUUCAUUAUUGUUCAACAUUUCGAACAUAUGAAAGAUGAAAAUUAUCCAUCGAUUGAUAUACGUUUAGCCACAACAAUCAGUCGUAUUGGUCCAUCAAUCUUACUGACGGCGUCAAGUGAAUCGAUCGCUUUUCUUCUUGGUGCAUUGACACCAAUGCCAGCUGUCCAAAUCUUUUCGUUAUACGCAUUUAUGGCUGUAUUAAUUGAUUUUCUACUUCAAAUCACAUGUUUCGUGUCGGUACUUGCACUUGAUGCUCGACGACAAGAUUCGAAUCGACCUGAUCUCUGUUGUUGUGUACCAGUAUCUUCAACUUUACCAACAGAUAAUCCGAAUGAACCAAAAAGUAAAGGAAUUCUACAACAAAUCUUCACUAAAGUUUGGACACCAUUGGUUCUUGGUAACACUUAUGUUCGUGCACUUAUAUUUUCAAUCUUUAUCACAAUCACAUGUUUGUCGCUAUCAAUCAUUCAUCGAAUACCUAUCGGUCUUGAUCAAAAACUAUCAAUGCCAAAAGACUCCUACGUAUUAGAUUACUUCUAUGGGCUAGAAAACUAUCUCAGCGUUGGCCCACCAGUAUAUUUUGUGGUUAAUCAAGAUGCAAUUGAUUAUAAAAACAUACGUGAACAAGAUUUACUCUGUGGAACAUCGGGUUGUUAUUCAACAUCUUUACUUGGACAAAUCGGUGAAGCAUUGAGACAACCGAAACUUUAUUAUCUUGCUCAACCACCUUCGUCAUGGCUUGACGAUUAUUUCGACUGGUUACAAUCGACGAAUGAUCCACCCUGUUGUCGAAUAAACAAUCAAACGCACGAAUUUUGUCCAGCAACGUUAAACGAUACAUUAUGUCUGAAAUGUCCAAUAACAUUCCAAGAUAAUCAACGACCAUCGCCAGACGAUUUUCAAAGAUAUAUUCAAUAUUUUCUCAUUGACAACCCCGGAGAGAAAUGUCCUAAGGGUGGUCAUGCUGCUUAUCACGAUGCUGUUGAAUUAAUUAACCGAACUGAAGUGAAAACAUCCUACUUUAUGGGUUUUCAUUCGGUAUUGAAAACAUCCAAAGACUUCAUCAGUGCAAUGAGAAGUGCAAAUGAGAUAGCAAAAAACAUCUCCAAAACCAUUCUAAACAAUCAAACUCGACCUUACCAUGAUUCGAACAAGCUCGAAGAUUAUCCCGUCUUUCCUUACAGUGUAUUCUAUGUUUUCUAUGAUCAAUAUUUGACCAUAUGGCGCGAUCUUAUUGUGAAUUUGAUUUAUUCGUUUACGGCUGUAUUUCUUGUUACAUGUAUUUUACUUGGUUUCGACUUUCAUACAGCAUUCCUAAUUCUUCUUUGUGUAUUCAUGAUUAUCAUCGACAUGUUUGGUGUUAUGUAUCUGUGGCACAUUGAAUUAAACGCAGUAUCUGUUGUAAAUAUCGUCAUGUCGGUGGGUAUUGCAGUUGAAUUCUGUGCUCACAUUGCACGUUAUUUUGCUGUUCAGUCGGGUGAGACUCGAUUGAUCCGUGCUCGAAUAGCAUUAGCUGAGAUGGGUAGUUCGGUGUUUAGUGGUAUAACAUUAACUAAAAUCGGCGGCGUCGUAGUUCUCGCUUUUGCCAAGUCGCAAUUGUUUCAAGUGUUCUAUUUCCGAAUGUACUUCGCUUUAGUCAUUGUCGGAGCAAUGCACGGUUUACUAUUUCUGCCGAUAUUAUUGAGCUAUUUCGGUCCUCAAUCACUGGAAUUUUAUGAUGAAGAAAAACUAGCCCGUCAAGUUAGUGCAACUAACACUAGUUUAUCAAGUGGAAUAAAUAUUAAUGAUGAUGAAGGUGACAUAUGUGAUUCUUCAAGAAAAUUAUAA